CACACACACACACACACACACACACAGUGCAACACAGAGGACGUGAUUGGUGACUUGGUGAGUGGAUGCAGCUUGUGUGCGCACUGAUGCAUGAAUGAAUGUGCACCAACAGCAGCGCCUCGCCUCUUAACAGACAACUUCUAAUACACUGUUAUCUUUAUGCUGCUUUUUUUUUUUUUCACCACCUCCGCGUGUUAUCGAGUGAAGCCUGGAGGCAGAUGACCAAAGCAGGUGGGGGGGUGGGGUGGAUUGAUAAUUAACUGAGGUACCUGAAUCAGUGACGUGGGUGGUGGGUAGAAGAGAGAGAGAGAGAGAGAGAGAGGGAGGCGGGCCGGAGAGGAGAGAGAGAGAGAGGUCUUGCCUCCCUCUUGUCUUGCUGAGGCUCUUUGAUUCAGUGGCACAGUGGCUGAGACACAACCCCGUUAUACCGGCCACCGUUAACCCGUGAAAGCAUCGAUCCUACAUCAACAGCUCAUGGUAUAAAGAUCUCCCUGGAGAGAGGACAGACAUCGCGCGUCUUUUAUCGCGUCUAGUCUGCAGCCGAAAAUUAAAAGAAAGAGGACAAAGCGAACUUUUUUUUUAUCAAGAAGACAGAUUGAUUACUGGACGACAGCAAAAAAAAAAAAAGUCAGAAGAUGCUUUGUGUGUCUGAUGAGCGCAAAAAAAAAAAAUCUGCCACCAGUCCAACAAAGUCCGUCAGUGAGAGCUUUUUGCGCGUAAAGGAGUAGCCUGAUGAAGAAACCAGCAAGAAGCACCAAGAAGUGGAAGAGUGAUAACUGAGAAAGAGAGAAGAAAAGAUCAGACAAGAAGAAGAGUGGAGAGACACAAAGAAUAAAAACAACAGCGCGUCCUCAAAUGAUGGGGAUAAAGCACCUUCUGCUUCUUUUGAUUUACUUCGACCUGCUGAAUGUCCUGUGCGUCGCCACCACCACCAACAAAAAGAGCAAAACCCUGCCGAGGAGGAACCCAAAGGUGAAGGAGGUCAACGGCAGCAGCACCACCGCGGUCCCGCUGGCCGUGCCGGGUAAGAUCACCCAGGUCCAGGCUCCCACGGUCCAGCAGCACGACACCUGCCUGGGCUACUACGACGUGAGCGGCCAGUACGACAAAGAGUUCAGCUGCAACAACACCGACCACCGCUUCUGCUGCGGCAGCUGCUUCCUGCGCUUCUGCUGCGCGGACCGAGGGAAGCGGCUGGAGCAGAAGAGCUGCACCAACUACAACACACCGGACUGGAUCAAGACUCAGCCGCCUUCACCGGCUCCCACAGGGGACACGUACGACCCGGAGCUCGACCAGACCAACACCACGGUGUACAUCACCUGCGGGGUCGUGGCGCUCGUCAUCGCCAUUGGGAUUUCUGUGAAAGUUGCCUAUGAUAAAGCCACCAAGCCUCCUCAGGAAAUGAAUGUGCACAGAGCCCUGGCAGACAUUCUGAGGCAACAAGGACCAGUUCCAAUAUCUCAGUAUGAACAUGAAAACAUUGCAGCGAUUGAUGGGUCGCCCAAAGACGAGACGCCAGUCAGAACCUUGAAGAACCAUUACACACCUGUUCACACCAAGGCAUCGAACCACGGACACUAUGGGAAAGAAAACCUGCGCAGCGGAGGCCAAGACAUGCACAACUUCAUCUCCUCUGGGUUUGUGACGCUGGGACGUGGCCACUUGAAAGCGCAGCAAUCCAUAGACGAAUCGGGGCAGAUGUCCUGGCAGGGCGAUCUGGACAUCCCCCUCUCCUACGGAAACCACCACCAUGACUACCAGCACAGCCACCUGGAUCUGACCGCGCUCACACCUAAAAUGGCCCACAGACAAAUGAGAUACGAGAGACCCCAGCGGAUGAACAACAUCCUGACCUCGGCCACGGAGCCCUACGACCUGUCCCUGUCCAGAUCCUUCCAGAACCUCAGCCAUCUGCCGCCCUCCUACGAGCUGGCCCUCAAGUCUGACUUAAGUGAUAAGGACGUAGAUGAUUACUACAACAGGAAGCAUCAUCAUCCUGACUUUGGCGGCCGGGGACCGACCCACAUGGUGAAGCUGAACGCAGAUCCCCAGCAGCACCAGCAACACCAGCAGCAGCACCAGCACCAGCAGCGACAGCGUCCCCGCCGAGUCCAGAGGGCCAUGUCCCAGGACCACGUCCUGUCUCCUCCCAGGACGCCACGCCGCGGGGACUACGGCUUAUCUUCGUACGGCGUCAUGGCAGCCACCGCGUACAGCAGCAGCCGCCACCUCUCGGAGGAGCAGCUGCUGUCGGCGGACCGCCUCCACUCCCAGGAUCCCUUGCUGUCCCCGGCGAUGAGACGCGACAAGUUCCGGGAGAAGGCGAUGGCGCGGGCGAUGUCUCACGCCGACAUGCUGAUGCCCGUCACGCCCACCAUGGACCGCCACAAGAUGACCAAGAUGCACUCUCAACCCACUGCCUCUAACGACUCCUACAACACGCUGACGGUCAACCACCAAGCGCCCACCACGUCUAAGAGGCAGGCGUUUGCCUCCCGACGAACACACACGGUGGACCACCUACAGUACAUUCCCGGCCACCACCACACGUACCGCACUGCCAGUAAGAACGAGGUAACUGUUUAACCGCAGAGUGGUUCGCCGAAGGAAUCCUGAGACAGCAGGGACGUCGACAGAAGUCUCCUCAGCAGAGGUGUUCUGUCUUCUUAUUAAAAACAACCUCCUACAUUAAAAACUCUUCCUGCUUUUUAGCACAAGCUUCCUGUGUCAUCCAGAAUCAACCCCGGCAAAGACGUCCCUCUCUUAGAGCAUCAUAAGGGCUUUGCGCGUUGACACGAAGAGGGAUCCUUCAUGUCAGACGUUUGACAGCCUGAAGAAAAUAUUUUUUAAAACUCGACAUGGGACUGGAAGGGAAUUGUAUCAACUUUAUAAAUAUAUAAAUAUACUAUAUUUACUAUUUGUAUUUUCAGUCCUUGUUAUAGCUUUAGAGAUUCUCAUUGACUGAUGUAAGCACUUCAAGUGGUGCCUCUUGAAAUUGUCCCAUUUCAACGAUGAAGUGGAUUUGUGGGUUAAAAAGCACAAUUAAUGAAUUCCCUUUUUUGUUUUGGUUUAUUUUCUUCUUCUUCUUUGGUAAAAACGGCCAGGACAUAUCAGCUUAUUAGUGAAAACAGAGGCUAUUUCUGUUGCAUACAAUAGAUGAUUGUAAAUAGGCUAUAUUAGCAGCAUUAAUUCAAGAGAAGCUGGCCCUUUGACAUUAUUGUUUUGUUUGGUUUUCUCCCACCUGGAAUCUAUCAUGGAUUCCCAAUUAUUAAUUUUAAUUUUAGAUAAGGCAAAGAUCCCAAAUGAAUAUUAUUUCCACAGAUGUCUGCAAAAUAUGUGGAUGUAAUAUGUACAUGGGGAGUAUUUUUUCUGUUUUAAAUGUGCUUGUAGCAUAGAAUGAUUGUGUAUGAAACACUGUCGACUGGCAGCUUCAGUCUGCAGACGUAAAUCCACAUGUGAAAAUGGAGCCUGAUGGUUGUUUGAAUUAAUUUCUGUUUCCCACAUGUUCCUUUGCUUUGUCAUCCACGACGAUGACCCUCCCUCGCCCACUCUGCUCGGUUCGUGAUUGGCCAGCUGCUUCCAUCUCUCCAUAUCAGGUACUCGUUGUGUCGGAGCUGAGGAGCGCUAUAGGUCGUAGUUUUGUGUCGCUGUGUUGACAGAAACAAUCAAGAGGACGUCAUAAUCGCUAGUCAAUCAAGCAUUAAUUAAAACUGUGAACUGUUUGUCCAGAUGUUUUCAUUAAAGCAAUGCCUUAUUGUAUGAUCCCAUGUGCUCUUAAUUGAACAAUCAUGCUUUUGUCUCGUUAUCUUAGCUUUUUGUGCAAUACUAAUGAUUAUAGUUUACCAGCAGAACCAGCAGUAAACAACCUGUACAGUGAUAGAUGAUACAGUACAUAUACCUCAAAACAACUAAAUUCAAUUAAAGGAGUCUCAAACUCUAAGAGGAAAAACAAUCAUACUAGAUGGUAUUUCUAUUGAAAUUGUAUUACUCUAAUCACAUUACUUAGCUUUGUUUAUGGGCUCAUAAGUGUGUAUACAGUGCUUUUGUUUCCAGCUGUUUAGUCGGAUGAACUGGAGGGUAGAGGUCUUCAUGGGUUCACUCUAUCAGCUCUGAUCCAACAGUGGGUUAUAAUCAUUGAAGGAGAAAGACAUAUUUUAAAGGGGACACAUCUUACUUUCUUGGUUCUUGUGCACAUUUGGGUAUCUGGAGUGCCAGCCAACCCACAAACUGUGAAAUUAGACGACCCAGUCAGUUUUUUGUGGGCUGCCUGGAUAAGAAAACUCAGUGAUUCAACAAGCCAUUCAGAUUUGGCUC